AGGAGCCGCCCGCGGUCCCUCCCCGGAGAGCCGCGCCCCCUCCAGCGGCCCCGAGAGCUCCCGCGUCCCCGCUGCCCGGAGAGCCUGACCCCCCGCCCCCAGAGCUGCCUGUGCCGCGAGAGCCGCCCGCCUCCAGGCCCCAAGCCGCCCGGAGAGCCGCGGUCGAGCACCGAGCCCGCAGCGCCGCGCCUGGCAAGCUUUCAGUCGGUCAACAUCAGUUUAUGUCCUGACCGUGGGAUGGUAAUGUUGUAUGUGGUGUCCCAAGAGGCUUGUGAACUUGUUUGGAAUCUUCUCUCCUCCCCCCUGUGGAAUCAAGAGAAUAUGCAGAAGAGCAUGGAAGGGCUUCAGAGGAGCAGAUACGGAACGAUGGCUGAAGGCAGAGACGAAGAUAACUGGUUUGCAACACCACCCUCCCUGAGGAUCAUCCUGGUGGGCAAGACAGGCAGCGGGAGAAGUGCCACAGGGAACAGCAUCCUCUGCCAGCCCAUGUUCGAGUCCAGGCUGGGGAACCAGCCUGUGACCAAAACGUGCCAGGGGGAGACAGGGACCUGGAACGGAAGGAGCAUCCUGGUGGUCGACACGCCCUCCCUCUUCGAGGCAGAGGCUCAGACCCAAGAGCUGUACAAGGCCAUCGGGGACUGCUACCUGCUGUCCGCCCCGGGGCCCCACGUGCUGCUGCUGGUGACCCCGCUGGGGCGCUUCACCGCCCAGGACGCGGUGGCCGUCAGGAGGGUGAAGGAGGUCUUCGGGGCGGGGGCCAUGAGGCACGCGGUGGUCCUGUUCACCCACAAGGAGGACUUGGCGGGCGAGUCCCUGGACGAUUACCUGGCGGACACGGACAACCACAGCCUGAGGAGCCUGGUGCAGGAGUGCGGGAGGAGGUACUGCGCCUUCAACAACAGGGCCACCGGGGAGGAGCAGAGGGAGCAGCUGGCCAGGCUGAUGGCCGUGGUGGAGAGGCUGGAGAGGGAGACGGGCGGCGCCUUCUACAGCAACGACCUCUUCUUCCAAGCCCAGCUGCUGCAGCGAGGCGGGGGCGGCACCUGCGGGGCGGAGCUGGGGGGCUACCUGGCCAGUGUGCGGGUGCAGGUGGAAAAGCAGAAGCGAGACCUGCGAGGUCCCGGGAGUACCUGGGCCUGCCCGGCGCUCCUUAAAAUCACAAAGUGGAUGCUUUCUCAUAUCGGGAUUUCUGUGGUCCUUAUUAUAUGCCUUUUGAUUUUCCUUGCCACUUUAAUUAACCUGUGUAUUACUCAUGGGCACUGAGCCUUUUCAGGUGAUUGCUGCAGUCAGCUGGUUUGUGUGUUCAGAGUCACCAUCUCUGGGCCAGAGCCUUUGAUUUUUUUACCUAAUGUCACGUUCCAUUUCUCUCCAUCACAUCUGGACACGCUGUCCAUUUUCUUCAAGCCUUUUAGGUAAAUAAAACCCAAAGGAAAAAAAAUA